AUGGACCAGAAGCCAAAGCGCAUCAGCGUGGCGUGUGACUUUUGUCGCAAUAAGAAGAUAAAGUGUGACGGAAGAUGCCCUUGUUCCAAUUGCCUUCAGUUCAAGAAUGAUUCUUGCAACUAUAGUGAACGCACCAGAAAACGCAAAAGAACAAAGACCGGUGGUUUGGGAUCUCUCACCAAGUUGGACUCGCGUUUGACUAGACUAGAAUCGAUUUUGGGCACAUUGGCUGAUAAGCUUGAGCCGGUGUAUUUCAAACCGCUGGAUGACGAUGACCAUCAAGAAAAGAAAAUACGCCAUGAAGAAAAGAAAAUCAGCAUAGCUUCCAGCAAAGAGAUACACGACAAGAUGCUGAAACCAAGCUCCAGAGAUGCGGAUGUAGCGGGAUAUUCAGAUUCGGAUCUGUCGUCGCUGUUUGAACCCAGUCCAUCUCCUGGUUCAGAUACUCAUCAGCUCGAUGAAAAACAAACAGAAGAUUGUGCAGAAAUGAAAUACCCGCUACGUACAAGGUUCGAAUUAUAUCUUGGAUCGCAUUCCAUCCUAUCCAUCUUGCUGGGAAACUCGCUAGAUCACUUGGUGUAUUUUUUGAAACCGGAAGACCAUCUGGCUUUAACACCAUUACGCAACCUUCCCACUCUCUUUCACCUGAGAAUGACCAGAAACCUAGCCCUGUGGCACCGUCAUGCUCCGUUAGACCCCAAAUCCAGACCAAACCUAUUUCUCAGACCAUUUCCCAACGAACCAGAUCUCAUUCUCCUGCUCAUCAAAAACUAUUAUCCUGGUGUUCCGCUAGCCUCGUCAGUGUGUGAGACUGACGAUGUGUACCAGCUCUUCGAGACCUACUUUAAACAAAAGAGCCACAGAUUUAAAGCAUCUGAAUUGUUCAUAAUGGCUGCCGCGGUGUGCUUGGCUAUCACCUGCAAAUUUUCCGAAGAAGCUCCAACAUCUACCCCGUCAAAUGAACCUGACCCCGAGAUUCCACCACACGUAGCGGCCGAGUUCAGUAAACUAGAGAAAUUGAAACGGGAAUUGAGCGCCAAUUGCGUCAUCUACUACUUUCGGCUUCUGAUUUGGGCCGACGGCUUUGAAGCCAUCCAAGCCUUCCUUUUGUGGAUCAUGUACAUUGAGCUUCACGAAGUGACACCAUUUGUGAACUUUAUAAUAUUGGCAGUUACUAUCAGGCACGGACACGAGCAGGGCUUACAUCGAGCUGAAGCCUUGGACGAGCUUCCAUUACAUAUGAGAAUCAAGCGCAAACGAGUAUGGAACAUCUGCUUGUAUCUUGACAUGGAAAUGUCGUUCAGGCAAGGCAAGAGCCCCAUUAACAAUCUCAGUGACAUACUGCUGCUGUCGGUUUCCUUGGCCGAAUAUCAAAGCAUUAAGACCCAACCUACUUCAUUUUUCGAUACAAUCAUGGACCGUAAGUUAUUAAUUCAAACGGUCCCGUCGACUAAUUUCGAAUUCUACCACACUGCACUUCUUGUUUUCACCAAAAUAAGAGCCCGAAGUUAUUCAGAAAUGUUUGCUGCUAAUGUUCAUUUCGAUAAUUUUGGGGACUUCAUCUACAAGUUGAGUCUUCUCAACGACGAAAUGUUUGCGCUCGCAGACCUGAUGGGGAAUUAUCGCCCCAAAUUCUACCAUGACGAACCUUACGGAGGAAACUCUGUGGGGGUUGAAAGUAUUCCCAGUUGCUACGCUGUAUUCCACAUGAACUUUUUCUCGCAUUUAAUGACAAUUAACAGGCUUCCCUUUAUGAUUGAGGAUAUCGACAACCCCACUGUGGAUGUGUCGCAGUUUCGCAACUACACCUUAGACAGUGCUCGGACAAUUUUGAUGAUGUGCCGCCAGUUCAGUGUUUCUAAACACAGUUUCUGGAACGACUGGGCGUAUUGGUUCCCAAUAUCUGCGUUUGUGUGUUUGGCAAGAAUGUGCUUGAACAGACCCUCACGCCCGGAAACACUCAAGGAUAUUAAACUCUUGGUGGACAGUUGUAUGGUUAUCAGUUCAUACAAGAAAGAUGGAAGUGGUACAUUUUUCAAGUACAAUGGUGAAAAAGAUAUCUUGACAUCGCUCAUGCUUCGUCUCAUUCUCCGCGUGGUGGUAUGCAGCAUUGAAUCCAACACAAAUCACAAGGUGGUGGACGAAAAAACCAGACAGUACCUCGAAAAUACCAAAAAGAUAUGUCCAGAGCUUUUCUUGGACUCGGAAGAAUUCUUGAAAAUAGGCAGAACCAAAGGCUGGGAAGUGGUCAGCUUGAAGGGUCCUAGUAUAAGCGGGUCUCAAGGAGCAGGCCAAUGGAACUCACCACGCACCAGUCCAUCGUUGAUGAAUAUUCUUGACCAGCUGGAUUCGGCUAGUGACUACAAUGCAAUGGACUACUGGGACGAUGCCAUGUUCCACAGCAUGCUUCCGAUGCAGAAUUCGGCGCCUCAGCAGAGCCUUAUGUUUGACAACGGUUUAUGA